GGUGUUAUUGCCAACAGAAUUAUGGAAGGCAGUACAAUUCAUACGGCACCGAAUACCUCCGAAGAGAGUUUAAAGAUUGCUGGUUCUGCUUCUUCUUUAUUUCGCGAUUCUAUACAGAGUCCCUUUGAUUCUUUAUUUCCACCAGCAAAUGACUCCAACCCUACAGCUGAUUUAAAUAGAACAGAAUCAAUAGAAUCACAUCUCUCACCUCAAACCAACGAAACUGCAAACUCUUACUCUGGAAGUACUGAAAUAACAGCAGAUCCCAAAACCAACGUUACACAGUAUUACGACUAUACGGAACAUGCCUAUGAUGGCAGCGGUCAGGUUUAUUCACAAUAUUAUUACCCCCAACAAUAUCAUUAUGAUCCGGAAGAAGAACAAGAAGUCAAUAUAGUUCACCGAAAUAACAAUGAUAUAUUUGAAUAUCAACCACAAGAUUUAGAAGGUCCCCAAAAGACAGAAUUAUCUCAAGUAGACCAACCUACAACCCAAAUAGCAGAUAAGUCACAAAUUUCGUCGGAGUUAGUUGUUUCUAGAGAGUCAGAAGCAAUUGCUGACUUAACCAACAAAGAUACAAAUAAAGAUACAGGUAAAUUGGAUGAUUUGGAUGAUUUAGUUUUGGGACAUACAACAUCUGGGACUUCUGAAGCAUAUGUAUCCUCAACCACACAUGAAGAAUCUGCUGUUAAGCCAGAAACCAACCAAGCUAUGAAUGAUCCAUCCUUGAAUUAUAAUUAUUGUUUUACUGAAGAUUAUUCAUAUGGCUACGAAUAUGGAAAAUGGGACACAAACGAUUCAAUCAACCAAUAUCAAACUUAUGAUACUUCUCAAGUUUCAGCUGGCAUUGAGGAUGUAAAUAAUCAGCAUACUCAAUAUCCUGCGGUUGAUACCCAACAAUAUCAAGCUUAUCAAGUUGCGGCUGGCAUUGAGGAUGUAAAUAACCAGCAUACUCAAUAUCCUGCGGUUGAUACCCAACAAUAUCAAACUUAUGAUACUUCUCAAGUUUCAGCUGCCAUUGAGGAUGUAAAUAACCAACAUACUCAAUAUCCUGCGGUUGAUACCCAACAAUAUCAAACUUAUGAUACUUCUCAAGUUUCAGCUGCCAUUGAGGAUGUAAAUAACCAGCAUACUCAAUAUCCUGCGGUUGAUACCCAACAAUAUCAAGCUUAUGAUACUUUUCAAGUUUCAGCUGCCAUUGAGGAUGUAAAUAAUCAGCAUACUCAAUAUCCUGUGGUUGAUACCCAACAAUAUCAAACUUAUCAAGUUGCAGCUGGCAUUGAGGAUAUAAAUAACCAGAAUACACAAUAUCCUGUGGUUGAUACCCAACAAUAUCAAACUUAUGAUAGUCAAUCGACAAUUGAUGGAAUAUCUGGAAUUCACCAAUCUACCUAUCAGUAUCCAAACUAUGAUUCAAACCAAUCUACGGUUGUUAAUACGCCUCCACCACAAUCUUAUUCACCAUUUUCGGCGAAAGUCGUUCACUUUGUAUCGUGUUUAUAUCCACAAUGUACGGGUGAAAAUAAAUCAACCGCCAAAUUUUGUUCUGAGUGCGGACGAGCCAUUAAUGAGUCCUCGCCUACAGUUGAUACGUCGAACAUGUAUAAAAACUCUGUAAUUCAACAACAGUAUGAUACUUAUAGUACGAACAUUGCAAAUGAUCCUUUAGGAAGGUCUAAAGGGUGCCCUAUUGUUUCCUUUGGUUUUGGGGGCAAAGUGUUCACCAUGUUCCCUCGUACUGUCCAACGUUUUACUAGUACGGAUCAAAGUACACCAAUUACAAAAUAUGCACCAGGUUCUUUUAUAAUUCGUACUUUAAAGGAUAUAAUCCCAUUAUCGGAUAUUGAAGAUUUCCCUGGCCCUCUUCUUUUGGAUAAUAAUCGAGGAGGCGUGAAAGCAAAAAGAAAACAUGUGAUAAAAUAUUUAAGCGACCAAAUCAAAGUUGCUGAAGAUUUACUGAACUCUUUUGUCGGUGAAGAAGUUGAAAAAAGAAACUUGGAAGCUAAUACGAUCAUUUGGCACUUAUUUAAAAUCAUGUUUGAACAUGAUGGUGUUCUUGUUGGAAGUCCAAAAGUUGAAGAAGCUGUACGAUGUGUUUUGGUACCAUCUGUUACUAAAACGGAGCAUUAUGAAUCAAAUUUUACAGUUCCAGCCGAUUCUAGCUUUGAUUCUACACAAAGCCUGCCAGAAUCGCCCACACCACCGUCUUUGACGUACUCCAGUUCUCCAAAAGCUAUUGACACAUUACAAGAACUAUUACUUAAAGGAGACCGUGUUGCUGCCAUAAAUCAUGCAAUGAAUAACAAUUUAUGGACUCAUGCUCUGAUAAUUGCGAGUUGUGUCAACAAAGAUCAAUGGAAAGAGGUUGUAAAUAGUUUUAUAAACCAUGAAUUGGGUCCCCAACCGAAUGAUGCUUUACAAUCUAAUGGGAGAGAAUGUUUAAGGGUUUUAUAUGCUUUAUUUGCUGGAAACGGGCAGAACUCUGUCAACCAAUUUCUUCCUUAUUCAACAUUGCUCAAUCGUGUAACUCAGCCUGCAAAUACAACAUUCCCACCCAAUCCUUUAGCAACAAAUAUUGCACAAUUAAAUCCUUCAGCCAGCAUGCAGUAUAAUCCUGUACCCAUAAACACUUUAUAUUCUUCUGCUACAUGCGAUGCUCCAAUUGAGAGUUUGGAGAAAUGGCGUGAAACUUUGGCUAUUAUUUUAGCAAAUAGAUCACCAGGUGAUAAUCAAGCAAUAUCGGCCUUAGGAGACAUGCUAAAAGAGUUUGGGAGGAUUAAUGCUGCUCAUGUAUGCUACAUGUUGUCUCCUCAAUCUUCCACCCAAUCUGGAAUUGAUGAUAUUAAUUCCCGUUUCACACUCGUGGGCAAUGACUGUAUUAAUAAUCAGUCCACUCGCUUUUUUGGUGAUUGGCAAGCGCUGCGUCUCACAGAAAUUUAUGAGUUUGGACUUUCAUUGAACAAUAAUGAUGGCUUACCAUUUUUACAAGCUUACAAGUUACUAUAUGCGUGGUGGUUGGUGGAUUGUGGUUAUUUAAAUGAAGCUAGAAGGCAAGAAAAUAUUCCAAUUAAUUAA